AUGAGCGAAGGAGAGAUCGCCUACAAGCACAUCACCGUCAGAAAGGUGGCGUACCUCACUGUCAUCCAACCUUGGACCCUGACCUUUACUGAACCGCUCGUAUUCCUCCUCCACACAUGGGUGGCGCUGAUCUUCGGCCUCUUGUUCAUCUGGCUCACGUCGUUCCCAUUGGUGUUCGAAGGAGUCUACGGGUUAACCCAGGCCAAACCGAAUUGUCGUUCCUCGGUCUUCUUGUCGGAGCGCUUCUCUACAUUCUCCCAUUCGUCUGGUACGAUCGUGGAGAUCAUGUCCAUAAUCGGCACAUGCUUCUUCGCCAUCGGCGCCCUGAUCAUCGCCAAUGCCGUCCUGAUCUAUCUCCGCGACGCAUUCCCGUCGGAAAUCCCGUCCGUCAUGGCCCGUUCCGCAUUCAUGCGCUUCUCAUUCGGUGCGGCCUUCCCCCUGUUCGCGCCGGCCCUGUAUCACAACCUCGGGAUCCACUGGGAAAGCAGUCUGCUGGGAUUUCUAGGGCUAGCAUAG